AGACUACUGAAAGAAGUAAACUAUUACCAAAAAGAAGUUCAAGAGAACGAAGUCAAGCUGCAACAAAUGAAAGAUGACAACCGCGAUCCGUACGACGUCAAAAAAUUUGCCGAGGUCCUGGACGAAUCCUACAUGAUGGUGCCCGACUCGGAAGCGCGACUAGCCCAAGCCGUGCACGAAUUGCGAGACUUUUUGGAAGAA